AUGCCUCGAUGGCCAGAAAAGGAAGCCAGGGUGUAUUCUACUAAUAAGCACACCGUCCGCGCCCGCAAGCGUGCCGCAGGACUUCCCCAACUGCAACGGGAGCUCGAGCUAGCCAAAUCAGCCGAUUCCAGAGCGGUCAUACGUGCUUGGAAACUCAAAACAGACACGGAGGCUUUUCAGAUGGCGAGCCAGGCGGACAAGAGCAAAGUCUUGGAGCAAGUCGAGAAAGAGGUUCUGCAACGCCGCAGACUCCGCGGUAUCGAUCAGGAGACGAGACUUAGUCGAUACAUGAAGCGGCACCAUCUCACCGGCGACGACUCUGUCCCCAAGCCGCCCUCUCCGCGCCCAGCUAGCCCUGUUCGUGAUCCUGACGUGUCCUUCCAUCCGCCGCCUGGGGCGCCAGAUGAUUUCCGACCGAGUACGAUCAGCGAUGACUUCGAUACCACAUGCAAUCGACUUUUCAGUUGCGAGGAGGAGCCUCGGACCGCCCCGGAACUAAAUAUCGAUCAUACCGAGACUAUCCCGUAUUUUGAGGAUUACCUCGAUCGACUUCCGCUACAUCCCUGCCUCUACGAGCAGGGCGACGUAGGGAACAAUACUGAAUCGCCGACCGUUACCAGCGUCGUAUCCACCGACAACAACACUAGCACCAGCGAAGUUGACGAAUUAAAGCACCAGGUCCAAUGCCUGUCUGUCAAAUUAGGGUUCGCGCAAACGACCAUCUCGCUAAUGGAGGACCGUAUCAAGGCUAUGGAGAGCCGUGUGGCCAAGUACGACGCGCUCGGAAGCCACCAGCAUGUCAGUCAGUAUGCCCAGGCAACGUCUACUCUUGCAGAGGGUUGUCGCUCUAUCGGUCAGCAUUUCGCCGUCCUAUCCACGCAGCUAGACCCUAGUGCCGGCGCAGUAACAGAUGACAAGAUGUAG